CGGGAAUAAGAUGACGCCGCGACUUAGUCAUCAGCACGUGUCGGCAGCCAACCAUCGCUUCCCUUCUUUUGAUUCAGUCGUUCCAGUUUGUCUUUUUCCUCAUCCAGCGAAAAAACCGAAUCCGUCUAUUUGCCUCCGUGCUAGGUUACCGAAUUCGAUAGGAAGGCAUGUCGAUGUCGGUUUUCGCGCCGCUCUGCGAGCCACGGAGGAGUGCUCGCCUUUUGCAGCCAGUGAACAAAGGGCCGGUGAAGCAGUCGCCUAGGGCGUUGAGGUUCCUCAAGAGGCAGCAGCUACAGGUACAGGUGGACGUGGGAGGGACAGCGGGGAAAAGGAAGAAGGUCCUUGAUGAUGUUGCAGAUGACGACCAGUGCCUUCAGCAGCCGGCACCGAAGCGGAGAAAGAGUCGGGAGAGCGAUGCUCCACCUCCAACGUCACCGCCGGCGUCGGCUAGCGAGAAGUCCCAGCCCAUUGUGGUCGACGUUGACAGAGAGCAGCCAGCGGCGUCGACGUCCAAGAUGAUGCUCGAACCCACUCCCACGGCCCCGGCCUCGGCACCGACGACCACCACGACCACCUCCACCCUCACCUCCACUCUGCCUCCCAUCCAAUUCAUUAUCGAGAAACCCUUCGCACGCAGCUACCACACUGCGAUCACAUUCGAAAAGAAAGACGACGACGAAAUGGACGUCGAAGCUGACGCUGAAUAUGACUCCGAGUCGGACGACGAUGACGACGACGACGACGACGAUGACGACUGGCUUAUCCCUCACUCACGCAAAAAGACAGAGCUGGAUAUCUGGCGGUUUGCGUGCCGGCGAAGAGUGGACCACAUUACACACCAAUACUCGCCGGGCAUUAUCCGAGACCUUGUCAGCCAAGAUGCGCGACGGCACCACACACCGCGGGAGGAAGAAGACUACCUAACAGAGGAGAUAUUUGACUGGGAACUCGACUCGGAGUCGGACUCUGAGGACGAACCACCUCUCAUCACGUUUGCGCUGCCUUCCCCGCCGACCUCGGCUCUCGACCCUCCCCAGCAGCUCCUCCCCCUCCCGCCGCCCCGCCUAGCCUCCAUAACGCUCCCGGAACUCGUGGCCCAGUACGGUUUUGCGGAGAGCACACCCCCACCGACACCCUCGCUGUGCACGCGAAUCGGAAAAGGAACCCCCAUUGACCCUGCUCGGCGUGCGGCAUGGGCGCAGAUGCCUACGCAUCGGCCUUUGUCUCCGACGACGCCAGAGCUGGACCCGAGGAUGUGGGAUGAGUUUUUGGAGAAAAUCAACCGGGAGCCGUUUGUCGAGGAGAGUUUUACGAACAUGCUGUUUGAAGGUGAAACAGGAUUUUAGUGCUACCCUUUUUCCGUUCUUAUUAUCUCGUUAUCUCGUAACCCCCUCACGCAUAUUAAGUACCCCUUCCCC